AUGACUAAUCGAUUUAAAAAUUUAUCAAAGGGUGACCACACAACCACGGUUAAAUCAAAUCGAACAGGUUUUGUACCGCUUGAAUCUAUUUUCAAUAAUGAUGAUGAAAAUGAAGAAGAUAAAAUAUGUCGAUUCACCAGUGACUACUUUUGGCAAACUUUUUCCAAAAUCAGACGAUCAACUAUUGAAAUUAUUAUCCCGGCAAUGCGAGAUAAAAUUAUGAACCCCUCUUCAGAAAAUAAGGAUGUCCCAAUUUCGGUAAAAUAUAAAGAUGAGAUAAUUACAGUAACAGGUAAUGUUGUAGUUAUUGAUGACAGAAAAACUGAUUAUUUUCUUUGUAUAGGAAUGCCAUGGAUCCAAAAAGUUAAAGAAAUUCCAGAUAUAAAUAAACAUGAAUUUCAAAUGACAGUUCGUAGUAAGUUUUAUGUUAUUCCAACAUUUACAAAACCAACUGAAGAUAUUAGCAUGGACCAACCUUCAAGUAAGAUAUCAAGCUGUUGUACUAGUGUAAUACAAGAUACCACACAGGAUACAGAGACUUCAGAACCAUUAGAAGAAGAAUGA